AUGGAAUAAAAUAUAAACAAUAAUGAUAAAAUAUAUUUAACUCCCGAUUUGCAAAAAAAUAAAGCUUCUGCUCUGAAGGCCCUUAAGACAGUAUGUUGUGUAUCUUUCUCAUUUAUGUGUAUAGAAUUCAUCGGAGGUUAUUUAUCUAACUCAUUAGCCAUUAUGACUGACGCAGUCCAUUUAUUAUCUGACGUUGUUGGCUUUAUCAUAACAAUAACUGCUAUCUAUGUAAGUAGAAUAGAAGCUAAUAAAAAAAUGACAUUCGGUUAUCAUAGGGCAGAAAUUAUAGGCGCUACAUUUUCAAUAUUAAUUAUUUGGGGAUUAAUUAUUUGGAUGUUUUUAGAAGGAAUAGAAAGAUUAAUGAAUCCUCCCUAAAUAUAAGGAGUUCCAAUGAUGAUUUUAUCUAUUUGUGGUUUACUUUUUAAUCUUAUUUUAAUGAGAAUUUUGGAAGGAAAUGUGCAAAAGGAAGAACAAAAAUAAGAAGAACUUUUAUCUGAAAUUGAGAUUUCCGCUAGAUCUCUUUUAUAAAAAGAUGAGAAAUAGAAAAAUAUGAGCAUGAAAGCGGCUUAAAUACAUAUUUUAGGAGAUACUAUUUAAAGUGCCGGGGUUAUUAUUGGAGCUUCUUUUGUAUAUUUUGGUGGAGAAGAUUACUAUAUAGCAGAUCCUAUUAUUACUAUUUUAUUUACAAUAGUAGUUACUUUUACUACCUUACCAGUAAUGAAGGAAAGUAUAAAAGUUUUAAUGGAAGGAUAACCAGAUAAUAUUAAUUAUGAUUUUUUAAAAGAUUAGUUAGUGAAGGUUUAAGGAGUUAUCGAUGUACAUGAUUUACAUGUUUGGAGUUUAAAUCCGGGAUUUAUCUCCCUUUCUGCACAUUUGACGAGUAAUAGUCCAUCUUUAAGUCUUUUUCAAGCUACGAAAUUAUGUAAGUAAUUGGGUAUUGUACAUUCAACAAUUUAGGUGGAAAAUUAUAAUGAGUAAAAUAUUUAUGAUUUCAAAAAAUGUGCUUAAUUACAUUGAUUAUUUUAUUAUAUUAUUUC